GGAAGUUGGAGGGAAGAGGACCCUCAGAGGGAGGUGUUGCCCUCAGCAAGGACUCUGGAAUCCCCUGGACUCAACAGGGACUGGGAAGGCAUUCCCAGAAGCAUCAACUCCUGGGCAGCUCAGAGCUCUGGCUUGAACUCUAACCAAAGAGUGCCCCAACCGCUGAACAGGCUGGGGGCCCUAUUUCUCUAAGGCCUGUAUCCCUCCCUUGGGGUGCGCCCUGCCCCUCCCUGAGUCACCCCAAGGAGAGAGGGGGAAAAAAGGGAAGAGAAAAGCUGCAUUGACUAGAGAGGAAGGAAAAGGAAACAGCAGAGGAGGGAGGAGAGAGGCCACAUAGGAGUGGGUGACAGAAGAGACUGAGAGGGCAGAUCUAGGGCAAAUCUAGGGCAGGGAGAGAUCGAGAAAGGGCAGGCCAAACAUCCCAAGGGUGCCCCUAGAGCAGGGCUCAGGGGCGGGGAGCCCAGGGGGCGGACCAGCCAUGUCUCAUGGGACCUACUAUGAGUGUGAGCCCCGGGCUGGCCAGCAGGCACUCGAGUUCUCAGGGGCCCGAGCGGGGCCUGGGGAGCUGGGGGACAUGUGUGAGCAUGAAGCCUCCAUCGACCUCUCUGCUUACAUCGAGUCUGGGGAGGAGCAGCUCCUCUCUGACCUCUUCGCUGUGAAGCCAGCACCGGAGGCCCGAGGCCUCAAGGGCCCUGGAACCCCCGCCUUCCCUCACUACCUGCCACCUGACCCUCGGCCCUUUGCCUACCCCCCACAUACCUUCGGCCCAGACAGGAAGGCCUUGGGGCCUGGAAUCUACAGCAGCCCAGGGAGCUACGACCCCAGGGCCGUGGCUGUGAAGGAGGAGCCUCGGGGGCCCGAGGGCAGCCGAGGGGCCAGCCGUAGCAGCUACAACCCGCUGCAGUACCAAGUGGCACACUGCGGGCAGACAGCCAUGCACCUGCCCCCGGCCCUGGCAGCACCCAGCCAGCCCCUGCGUGUCCUCAAGGCACCUUUGGCUGCUGCUGCAGCUCCCUGUAGUCCCCUUCUCAAGGCAUCCUCUCCCGCUGGCCCUUCGCACAAGGGCAAGAAGGCGGUGAACAAAGACAGCCUGGAGUACAGGCUGCGGCGGGAGCGGAACAACAUUGCCGUGCGUAAGAGUCGGGACAAGGCCAAGAGGCGCAUUCUGGAGACACAGCAGAAGGUGCUGGAGUACAUGGCAGAAAAUGAGCGCCUCCGAAGCCGUGUGGAGCAGCUGACCCAGGAGCUGGACACCCUUCGCAACCUCUUCCGCCAGAUCCCUGAGGCCGCCAACCUCAUCAAGGGCGUGGGGGGCUGCAGCUGAGUCCGGCUGGUAGACUGUGGGCACCUGGAGAUCCCUGCUGGGGUCCUAGAACCCCUCACAGGCCAAGCCUGAGACAUGGAGUGUGGACAAAUGGCAGUGGGUGGCAAGGGAGGAGGGCAGGCCUCAGCAUUAUGAUUCUACAGCUGAAUAAAACUGCACUGUGACUCAG